UCACGUUUGACGUUGGAAAAACUGUAUUCACUUGAUAUUACAUAGGAUCAUACUAAGAAGAUCAUUUGUUAAUUAUUUUAUCAAAAUGGCACUUUCAAAACCUGUUGAGUUAUUACAAAGUUUAGUGUUAACCUAUUUAGAGCGCUUGAACUCAAGACCUAUUCGUACUAAAUCUAUCACCAGUUGUAUUAUUGCUUCACUGGGAAAUAUUACUUUACAAAAUAUUGCUGGAGCAAAAAUGAUUGACCAAGAUAGUGUUGUGGCUUUUGGAUUAUUUGGGCUUUUGUUUGGAGGACCUGUACCACAUUUUUUUUAUGAGAAUUUAGAAAGUAUGUUUCCAGAAAAUACAUCUAAAAUGGUCUUUUUAAAAUUUGGUAUAGAGCGUUUAUUAUUUACACCAUUCUAUCAAUUUCUUUCUUUAUAUGUGUUAUCAAGAUUUGAGGGAAAAUCACAUGAAGACACAAUGAAACAGAUUUAUGCAAUUUACUGGCCAAUAUUAAAAGCAAAUUGGCAAAUUGUUUCUUUGAUACAGUUUUUCAAUGUGAAAUUUGUACCUCCAAUGCUACAUGUACUAUUUCAUAACAUGGUUGGCUUCUUUUGGGCAAUGUUUAUUACAUAUAAAAAACGCAAUGAUGAUUUUAGACGUGCAAAUAUUGUUAAAUAAUGAAGACUAAAAAUAUAUACAUUAUAUGUAUAUAAUGUAUACAUUUUAUUUUAUUUUUAGCUGUAUUUAUCAUAGACCAACUAGGUCUAUGAUAUAUGGUAAAAUAUGGGAAAUGCUCAAAUAGGCAGGUGUUAAAUAAAAUAUAAGACUUAGAAAUCAAAACAUACCUAGAUAUUUUGAUUUAUAUUAUUUAAGUACAUAUUUUUUUUAUUUUAUAUAAAUUGUUAUUUAAGGUG